AUGGGAAGAUGCUGUGAAGUUGUGAAGAACUGGUUUAAACGUGGUCCUAAAACAUACUCGUACAUUACUGGUAUCGUGGGGUGCGUGUUGAUGAUUGGUGCAGGCCAGUUUGUUUUCGCUAACUGGCGUUUAAUGAUAGAGGAAGGAGAUAAGGACACUUGUUUUUACAAUGACUUUUGUUAUAGAGUCAGCCCCUGGGAUGAUAUUCCAAUGAAUUUAAUGAUUAGUAACUUAGCAUAUAUGAUCCAUGGCCUUAUUCUUGCUAUUUCUGUCAUGUUGAUGGAAUCAAAGCUAUUUUCUCAUCAUAGAAAUCGUAAUAGUUUACCUCCAAAGUAUGCUUUUUCCAUGGGUUAUGCUUUUGCAUGGGCUCUAUUUUUUGAAGGUUGCUUUUCCUUUGUCUACCAUCUCUGUCCAAGUAAGUUAACGUUUCAGUUUGAUACAGGGUUUAUGUUCGUGAUUGCAGGAUUGGUUGUUGUUUUGUUGUACAAUGGAAUUGAAAUGAAGGAGAGUGAGGGAGAGAGAGGGUUUGUCGAUGCAGCCAAUUUCUUCCUAUAUUUCCUGGUACCAUUAUACAUUUUUAACUAUUUUGGCACACUGAAUCAUUCAGAAACUGGGCUUUUUAAUAUUCCGACUUUUUUUGCAUUUGUUGUAAUAUGGUGGAUUGCAGUUACUAUCUGGACGGGUUGGAAACUGUUUCCAGACGGCAGCUUUACAUGGACGUACGUCUGGGACAAGAAGAAUAGAUGUAAGUGUAUCUGGUUCUUUCUUGGUUUUGUCGCGCCGCUCAUUUUCUGUGUGAGUUUUUUAAACAAUAUUCCUCAAGCUUUCUUGUUCACCUGUAUUGCAGAAAGUUUCAUUGCUAUUAUCGGGACUGUUAUGUUCAAGUGGGAAAAAUUCAAAUUGACAGGAAAUCACUGCGUAAAAUGUUUCCAAGUUUUUUAUUGCUUGUGUACGAUUAUUUUGUGGAUUCUGGCUGGUUAUGUUUUCGACAAAAAACCAACAACAGAUAAAGCAUUAACCCCUGAAAAAUCAAGAGAUUACAAUCAAGACUGUAUCUUUUUGAAGUUUUAUGAUUACCAUGACGUAUGGCAUAUUUUUUCAUCCCAUGCUCUUCUCAUGACAGCGUACCUUGUCAUGUUUAUUAGUCAAAAGAGGGGUUGA